AUGCGCUACUCCAUCAUCGCCAUUGCGCCAUUCGUGGCCGCUGCCUAUGCGCAGUCCUCGGAGACCACCGAGUCUGUCGCGCCAACCGUUGUCCCAGUUGUCUCGGGCGACACCACCAUCUCCAGCACUUACACUUACUCGAACACCUUGACCAACUUCCUCUCCCUCACCAACUCGCUCGGCGUCGUCACUGGCCAGCCCACCCUUACGAACGGCGGCGUCGCAGUCACUAGCCAGCCUGAUCUCCCAGCUGCCAUCACCUCGCAGCCAGAGGUGGCCACUAUCCCUGCUGGUCUCCCAUCCGGCAUCAACACUGUCUACAUCGGCAACGGCUCUUCUUUCAGCUCGUUCCUCGUCAGUGUUGGCAGCUCUACCACUGGCGUUGUCGGCGGCGCUGUUGCGACCGACGCCACCCUUGUCGCUGGCUCCGGUGUCUCUGCCGCGACCGGCAGCCAGACUGGCUCUGGAUCCAGCGCAUCCUCCACUGGAAGCUCUUCCGACAACGACUCUGACAACUCCUCUGGCUCCGGCUCUUCUGACGAGGCCUCCAACACUGGCAACAGCGGCCCCUCUGCCACCGAGAGCUCUGCUAGCUCGACUUCUUCGUCGGCCGCCGACUCGAUCAAGAUCGCAUCCGGCAGCCUUGUCGGUCUUGGUGCUCUCUUCGUUGCUCUCCUGUAA